AUGGGGAAGACUCCGAAGAAGGAGAAGAAGGAGAAGAAGGAGAAGGAGGUUGAGGCGAUGGAGGAGGACGCCGUCGCGCCCGUUCGGACACUCAUCCCCAUCGCGAAGCCUCUCGCGGACGACAAGCUCGGCAAAAAGGUGCUGAAACUCGCGAAGAAGGCCGCGAAGAAGAAGCAGAUCAAGCGCGGAGUGAAGGAGGUCGUCAAGGCCAUCCGCAAGAACUUGAAAGGAAUCUGCAUCCUCGCGGCGGACAUCAGCCCCCUGGACGUCAUUACGCACAUUCCAGUUCUCUGCGAGGACAACGCGGUGCCGUACCUCUACGUCACGAGCAAGGAGGAGCUCGGCGCCGCGGGCCUGACCAAGCGCCCCACGUCCUGCAUGCUCGUCAUGCCCAAGCCCGCCAAGGGGUCCGCGGAGAAGGACGAGGAGUUCGACGAGUCGUAUAAGGAGGUCCACAAGAAGGUCAAGUCCAUGCAGCCCGUCUUCUGA